CCGCAGGUCAUACAUAGAUGGCGCCACAAUUUCCUCUGCAAGUCACGCGGGUUCCUUUUACUAGCCUGUUUUAUCUACAGUGUCGUAAUCUUCAUAAAUACCGCGGCAGAAGCAUACAGCGCACAACUUAUCCUCGUGAUGGGACAUCGUGUAGUUAGUCUUCCGGCCACGAGCUACGGCGACGACGCCGAGCUGCGCGAGGUGUUUGUCUUGCUCGACCGCGACUGCGACCUGGAACUGAACUUCGACGAGCUGAAGACAGCUGUGCGGGCGCUUGGCCUUGCCGUGAGCGAGGCCGAGAUGGAGGAAGUGCGCGAAGAACUCGAGGCGUGCGCAGGGCACACGAACGUCGACUACGUGGGCUUUCUGUCGGUGCUGGCGAAGCUCGAGUUUGGACACCUUCAGCAGCCCGAGCACAGCAGUGAGCAGGAGAGGGAAACGCGCAGGGCGCUUGAGAUACUCGACCCUGACGGCACCGGCUCGGUGAGCGUCCGGGACCUUCGCUGGCUACUGACGACCGUUGGGGAGAAGCUCAGCCCCGAGGAAGUCGACCAGGUUUUGGGCGAGCUGGGACGCAGUGGCGAAGGGGACCACCGCGUGCCCUACAAGGAACUCGUCGACAUGCUCUUCAGGGACGGAUGAUUGACCUCAAAGCUGCAUUUCUAUGUAGAUAGGAUGUUUAUACUCUUUAAUUGGUCUCUCAUAUAAGGGGUGUAGGUUAAUAAACUGGCUUCAUUGUUCA